AUGUUGGAGGAUGGUGAUCGCUGUGAUGUUGAACAACAGCUGAUGUUCAUCGGUGGAAGUGCUGUUAAAACUAAAAAAGAUGAGAAAAAAGAGAAAAAAACCGAGAAAGAUGAGCGUAAUGAAAUGCAAGAAGGCAUGUUUAUUCGUUGGGCGAAUGCGAUUUUACCCGAUUCGGCGGUGAAAGAACUUUCAGACAUUGUUGAAGGAAAAUUCCUUGCGGAUUUCGUUAAUUUGAUCACGUCGAAAUCUAUUAAUGUCACCGGAUCUCGAGCUCAAGAUAUAGCAAAUGCUUUGCAAGAGAUUGAUAACGAAGAACGCUUCUCACAGAUAAAUGUUAAUGAACUUGUUGAAAAAAAUAGUCGAGCCUUAUGUCUUCUUUGUUGGCAGUUUGUUCAAAUCUUUUGGAAAAGAUUUGCGCCGGAAGCCGACCGUGAUCGAAAACUUAUUGAAGUAAUAAAAGGAUGGUGUGAUGAGCGCUUAAAGGGAUUCGAUGAGAUUCAAAUAAACGAUUUUACAUCGUCAUGGAGAGAUGGUUACGCAAUAAAUGCUUUAAUCUUAUCAUACGAUAAUAAAUUAUUCAAUAUGGACGAUGUACGCAAUAUGCGUCGUGAUGAACGAAUUGAACACGCUAUGGAUAUCGCUUAUCAUUUUUUAAAUGUUCCUCAUAUAAUUAAUCCGAAGGAUUUCCGUAGUGAAUAUUUGGAUACGAAAAAUGUUGUUUGUUAUCUUAUGAUGUUGUAUUUGGCGAUAUGUGCACGUUCACCAGCUGUCGAUGAGCGCAAAUUACAGCUGAAUUUAAAGAAACUGGAAAUGCCAGCUGUAUCUUCUGCCUCUCUCGCAUCUUCACCGCAAACACCACAAAUGCAGCCAAAUUUUCUUAUAAUUGAUCCAGUGGACGCGAAACCAGCAGAAUGUGAACAUCCGCAAAUGUCUUCAAUAUCAGAAGAAAGUCAGCCAGUAAAUAUUUCGAACAAAGUGAAAAUGACAACAACUCCUGAACGUCAGCCAUCUCCUCGAAGGUCGGAGCAUCGUCUUGCAGCUACCGGUUCACAUUCUAUCGAAAAGGACGAGCAUUUUUCUCGUCAGUCUUCAGCUUCAAGUCAGAGAUCAAGAAAAAGUCGAAAAUCGCUGGAUGAAAUUGUUAGUGAAUAUCAACUGUGCUUAGAACAAGUGAUGGCGUGGUUACGUGAAGCUGAAGAACAAACAAAUUCUUUGGGAUCUAUCGAGCAAGAAGAUGUCGAAGUCGUAAAAGCACAAUUCAAAGAACACGAACAGUUCAUGCAAUCGUUAACUGAAAGCCAAGACAGCGUUGGUCGUGUUUUACAUCGAGGAAACGUAAUAUGUCAAAAGCUUGACGAUGAGCAAAAUAUGUCUUUGCUGUCGCAGCUAAAACUGGUUAAUGCAAAAUGGGAACGAGUUCGUGAAAUCGCAAUGAAUCGACAAAAUCUUCUUUUAGAAAAAUUAAAUUCCCUACAAAUCCAACAAUUGGAAGGAAUAAAAAAUUGGAUGAAUGCAAUGGAAGAAGAAAUUCGACGUUCUCGUUCAAUAUCACUCGAUGUGGACGAAAUUGAAACAUUGAUAAAGGAACAUAAAAUUAUUCGGGAAAAAAUCGAAAAUGAACAAAAAAUUGUUCAAAAAUUAUCGACAUUUUUAGCAGUUGUCGAUGAAACCGAAACACCAUUUCCGUACGACGAAAUUGAAAAAGUCUUAAAUUCGAUAGGUGAACGUUGGAUGGCAAUUUGUGAGUGGGCUGAAAAUCGUGCACGUAAACUGGACGAUUUACCACAAUUAAUUCAAAAUUACUUAAAAACAUAUAAAAAUCUCUCCGAAUGGCUUAAUAUUCGAGAAAAUGAAAUGGCUAAAUUACGACCAGUUUCUGAACUAAAAAAUGAAAUAGAAAUUUUUGAACAAGUUGAAUGCCUUCAAAAUCUUGAAUCAGCAUUGGAAGCGGGUCAUGAAGAUUUUAUUUCCUUGUCUCAGUUAGCAACCGAGAUUCUUAGUAAAUUCGACGAUACUAGUGAAAAUAAUUCUGCAAAAUUGGUGCGUGAACAAAUUGAUGAAAUAACACAACGUUGGGAUACAAUUGUAUCAAAUAUUGAUAAAUAUUCAUGCAUGUUAGUAAAAAGUGGAAAAGCUGAUGCGAAACGCCCCGAUAAGGCAAACAGCGAUGAAGAAGACUCGAGUAUCUGCACUACUAAUAAAAUAACCGCCGAAGAAUCUGAGCCUAACGAUAUAGUUGAAAUGAUCAAGCCUUCAACUGUACAAUUCACGUCUUUCGAGCAAGUUGGUUCAGUUAUAAACCAAGAAAACUGUAGUGAUGAAAAGAAUUCUGCGAAAAAUUUAUCUCCGGUUGAUAUUUUUAUCAGUAAUUUGCAGCGAGUUAGCGAUGAUUUACAACCGCUUGUUGACUGGGCAUAUACAUUUGAUAUUCGAAACUAUUCGGAUGAUGUAAGAAAUAUCAUAGAACAUUGCCAAAAUCAGUUACGCGAAAUAAAAAACCAAGAAAGUCGUGUUAAUGAGUUGCAUGCCGAACUCGAUCGUCUACAUAAUUUGGAUAUUGACUCGAAGCAAUUACAUUUUGCAAACGAGAAAUUCGAAAAAUUUACGAAGAAGUGGUCGAUUGUCGUAACGAAAAUAUCCGAUACGCUUAAUUCGUUAUCAGCUCGUGAAUCGUUUAUCAAUUCGAGAGACUUAAACGAUGAAAAUGAUCGAAUUUUAGUUGAACUUCAAAAUUUCUUCGAUACUGCAAAUACAAUUGUAAUAAAUUGUGCACAAAUAUCAGUCAAUGAACGUGAAGUACGUUUAAGAAAAUUAAACGAGCAAAUUCUUGCACAAAAUAAGAAUAUCGCAUUUCUUGAAGCCAAUCAUUUGGAUAAAACAAAAGUUGAAAUGUUAAAGAAUCGUUUUACUGAAUUAAAAGAAUCUAUGUUAGCACUUCAAGAAGGCACAUCGUUAAUGAUCCGACUGGAAGAUUAUUUGCAACGAAGUGUACCACCAUUCGGUGACAUAGAACAGUUGACAGUUGAGUUUGGCUGUGGACAAGAAUUACUUGAAAUUUUAAAAAAAAUAAAAUAUCGCGAAAAUAAUAUGGAAAAAUUAGAAAUUCUUAGUGUUGGUAAACAUAAUACAAUAAAAGAAUUACUUAAUCGUACGAAACGUUGGAACGAGAAAGGCGCAGUCGUUCAAGGAAUAUUAAAUGAAUUUACAGAGCGCUUUCGCUCGCUUAAAAAAGAUCCAACUGAUUUACCUGAACUUUUAAGACUUUUUCGAAAGCUUCGCAGUGAUUAUGAGAAUAGCCGUACGAUUCAAAAGGAUUAUGGUGAUUUAGCUGACGAAACGUUAUCAUAUAUCUCUUGCAACAAUAUACCGAAUCGUGAUAAGGCACUAAACGAUGUAAAAAAUGCGAUAGUUUCAAGCAAUAAUACAUGGAAAGAAUUUGAGGAAGAAAUUGAUGAAAAUAUAAAUAUUCUCGAAAAAGAACAUAAAAAAUUACAGCAAAAGGCGAUACGUAACUUUCGGCAACACCUUGAUGAUUUAAAGGCAGCAAUUAGUGCAAGUUACGAAGCGACCGACGCUGAAGAAUUUAGUGAGCAUCUUGAUAAUUUGGAACGAUUGUAUGAUGCGAUAGUUAACGAAAACAGCAAAAUUGGCGAUGAGUGCCAACUGAUGGAUGAAGUUUUCAUAAAACAGUUCAACGAAUUAAAGGACGAUUACGAAAGUAUUUCUCAGAAUGCGAAGGAACGGAUUGAUCUGCUUGAAACAGCAGUUAAAGGUUGUGAACAAUUUGAUACAUCGCUGGCGGAAUGUCAAGCGUGGUGUAAUCAUGUGAAUCAAAUCUUGUCAUGUCGAGCAUCUAAUGAUAUCAAUGCACUCGAUGUUCCACAUGAAUACAAGAAUGCAUUUGCUGAGCGAAGAUUGAUUUCGCUUCUUCAAAGCGAAUUCGACGAAUGUGAUGGAUGUCUGAAAAAUUUGCGCAAUUUUAUCAAUAAAGAUACGGCGAAUUGGAGUUCACCUAAUCGCUUACAACUUCAACUCGACCAUCUAUCUAAUCAGUUCGAUGAAUUGUUGGCGAAAUUUAUGGAAUUUAAGCAACCGAUUAGACUAGAAGAAAAUGCUGAGCGUUUAUGUAGAGAAGCAGCUGAUUUAGAAAAUAAUCUCGACGAUCUUGUUGAUAUCGAAGCCGAUAAUAUGAUGGAAGCAUUGGAUCAACUGAUGGAAAUCGAACGAAGAGAGGCUAAAAUCGAAACAUAUCUUCAAGAACUGAAAGAAUCACAAAAAUUGCUAAUUAACGAUGGUAUAUUAAUGGAACCAAACGAAGCGGAAAUGAAUAAAAAACUAGCGGAAAUUGCUAUGAGACUUACAAUUAUCGCCGAUCGGCGAACUGGUGUCAUGAAGAGACUGGAGAAAUGUUGUGCACUUUUCGAACAAUUGAAAGGUAAAUUAUCUGAAAUCAGCAACAAUCUGGCCAUUCUUGAGAUUAAUUAUGAUAGAAAUGAAACAAAUCACGAAAUUUUGGAAGCUCAUGAAUAUGAACUGAAGAAAAUUGAUGAUCUUAUUUCGUCGGUUGAUGAAAUUUGUCAAGAAUUACAACAUGAAUCUAUAAAAAUAAACGAAAUGGAAAUUGAUGAACAAAAGAAACAUUUGAAAAUUAUCAAAAAUAGAAUAUUGUCUCAUAUAGGUUCGAUGGAAGAAAUUGACGACAAUCAGGAUUCAAAUUUGAAGCAAUUAGAGAAUCUCUAUUCAAAACUUUUACAUUCGAUAAAGGAAAUGGAAGACAUUGAAGAUAUUGAGAAUCUCCUUGGUGCAUUGGAAAAUAAUCGGCUGGGAAAGGAUACUUUCUGUGAAAAAUAUAAACGACUUGUAAAGCCAGGCGAUCCCCAAGAAACUAAAUUUUCUUCAAUGAUAUUUGAGGUUGAAAAACGAUGGAAUGCACUUGAAAGAAAAUGCAAGCAACAGCGAAAUCCUCCAAGUCAACCUAAGGUAUCACCUCCACCUUUACCUGAUAUUGUUGUGGGUGGCGAUUUUCGAAAUCAAGUAUGCGCACUACAUGACAUUUUCAAAAUCUCUGAGAGGUAUUUAGAUUUUGAUCGUUAUCCAGUGUCAUCAACUUCUGAAUGGUCCGAUCGGAUUAAGACUGUGGAUGAUUGGCUUCUUAGCUACAGCGAUGUCCUAAAAGAAAUCCUUGAAAUAGGUCGAAAAUUGGCGAGCAAUGGCCGUAUGGAACUUGAUGUUCACGAUGCAUUAGAGAAGCUCGAUAAAGUUGUAGAUUUAGCCAAUCUGGUCGAAUCAAAAGUCAAAGCUAAUAAGGUUCAGUUAGUUGCCGUCCAUGCUAAGACUGAAGCUUUAAUUCAUGACAUUCAAACGAUGGAUGAAGUGCUUGAGCAGCUUAAUGCUCGUGACCUUACCGAUCCGACAAUUGCAAAUGCAACUAGGCGUGAUUUAUUGGAUCGUCAGUCGCAAAUUAACCAACUACAACGCAAAUGUGAGGAAAUAUAUCAAGAUUUUCCUUGUUUAUCGCUGAACCAAGUUGAUUCAUCAAUGGACUCAUUACUUGAGAAAAUCGAAACAGUUGAGACAGUUAUCAAUCGUUCAUUGAAGAAGGGAGAAGAUUCUGAUAAUGGUGUUGAGGUCUCUGUCGUAUUUGACGAUGCAUAUCCAACGAAUUGUGAGCCUGAUGCAUUGUCUCUGACAAGCAUUGGUCCACUCUCUCUUGCUCUUGAAGUACAGGAAACUGAGGAUGAACGUUCGCGCCUCGAAUAUAUAAUUCCAGUUCCAAGCACUGCACCAGAAAUUAAAAUUGAUGUGGUGCCUUCGUCAGAUUCGUUUUAUUUCGAGAUGGAUCAGAUUGAAGAGAUUCUUAACGAAUGUAAACCAAUGCCGUACGAUUCAUUAGCAGCAGAUUUGGAAACAGUGCAGGCAAUCGAAGAUCGCCUGAACAAAGUGGAUGAUGCUAUUAUAAAAUCUCAAAUGACUAUGGAUUUGCUGGAAUUUGAAGCUGCGAGAGAUCGUCUUAAUUCUUUACGAAUACUGUAUGAUGAAAAGAUGAAGGAAUUGAAAGAAAAAAUGGAUAUUUGGAAAAGUAUUCAAAGUUAUUUCGAGGCUUGCGAUGAACACCUUGCUGAGAUAGAUAAAAUACUUGACGAUGUCGAUAGCCGUAACAAAUCACCUGAAAUCGGUGAGCUGGAAACUAUAACUAUUGACUUAGAAGAUCACCUUCAGCGAACUCUUGGCCAGAUUCAGCAUACUUCUGUUAAAGUCGAAACAAUAUUUCCUGAAAUGAGCGAUAAUAUAGCUGAACAAAUUCGUAAACGUUUACACGGACUUGGUGAUGAAUGGAAGAAGCGUGAAGAUAAAAUACACCAGAAGCGCAAACGUUUAGAUGAGAGACUUGCUGAUGAAUCGGAACUUAAUAAUGAAAUCGAACUGCUGGAAUUUUGGUGUGAUGAAACUGAAACCGAAUGCGCAACGAUGGUCAAUUCAUUAAAUGUUGUUGCUGUUGAGGAACUGUCUUGUCGUAUUCAAGUGGAACGUUUGGCUGAAUUUGAAUCAAAACGUGAAAAUCUUCGCAAUAUCGAACGUCUCAAAGAUCAAAUCUUAACCGCACAAUUUGUGGAACCAUCAGCAAAGCAUCGCACCAGACGUCUCGUAUCUGAAUUGGGUAAAAGGAUAAGCAGUGUUCGAGUUGAUUUGGCUGAGCGAAAAGUUGCAUUAAAUGCGUUAAGUAAAAAAUCGCAAGAUUUUUCCAAUGAUCUUUCAACAAUUAGCGAUUUUUGCAAGCAGUGUGAUAAGGCACUUGAUAUAGUUGAAAAUGCUAAAAUUUUCGUACCAUCAGGAACAGAAUUAGACAAUGUUCGUGUAAAAGAAAAUGAAAUGGAAGAGAUUUUUGAUUCGCUAAAGGUGCGAUGGUCCGAUGCGCUCACCGAAGAGUUACCGCCAGAUGCGAAGCAUUGUUUGAUGAUUGAAGAAGUUUUCAAAAAAUAUGAAAGAACAAAAGAACGACUUCAAGCUGCUGCUUUAUUGCCAACGCUUGCUUAUGAUUCUUCUUCUGCAGCAGAAGUCGCUGUAUCAGAAGCUGGAGCUAGCGAUGAAGCAGUCGUCGAAUCAGAAGCAGUCCUAGAAUCCGAAGCAGCAAUAUCUGAACCCGUUGUUGCUUCUGAAUUUGUUUCUUCUAGCGAAUAUGGAACUCUGAAUAAUUCAUUAGUCCCAGAAGAACCAGUAGUUCCUGCACUUUCAUCUCGAGAACAAAAAUUAAUGGAUUCUAUCGUGCAGUUCAAUCAUUGGCUUUAUGAGAUAGAACGUGAUGCUUCGAUAACGGUUGAUAUUAUCGAUGUGCAGGGAAUUCGAAGUGCAGUAAAUAAGAUGCAGUCAUUUAUCGAUCAACUUAAAUUACGUCAUCUCGAUAUCAUUCGUAUAUUAGAUGAAAGCCAAUCAAAAAUGAUUCGAGACAAAGCUGAGUUAACUCUUGGCGAAUGGAAUCGAGUAAUUAGUGAAUGUCAGCGUAGGAAAUGCGUGCUUAAUAAAAUGGUUGAUGAUAGUCGCUUGUGGGAUCAGUUAAGAUGCAGCGUGCAAUUAUGGCUAACUGAUGCGCAAGAAAGGUUAAAUGAAGGAAUCAGCGUAAAUGCUGCAACUGAAAAUGCUCUCGUUACUGAAAUUACAUCUCUCGAAGAAAUGGUUAAUAAAGUUGAUGAAAUGAGAGAAAAAAUGGCUGAACUUAACAAUCGUAGCGAUGCACUUUUAGAUGAAUUUCGUGUUGAUGAAGGACAUAAUCUAUCGCAUAUAACUUCUAAAAUGAAUACGCUUUGGAGUCGUUUUAAUGACAAUUUGCGUAUUCGUCGUGCUAUUUUGGAGGCCGCUUUACGGUCAAAAAGUAACUUUCGAUCCGCGCUUUCUCAAUUAGAAUUAUGGAUGGAUCGAAUUGAAUUAUCUGUUGAUGAACUUGAACAAGCAACAUCGAAUAUGCAAAGUUUAAAGAAUUCAGUGAAAAGGAAACGAUGGAAUGAAGCAGAAAAAAGUAUCCGAAUUGAUAUUGAUGCCCACAAAGAUAUUUUUCAUUCAGUCGAUGAAAUGGGUCAUCAAAUAAUGCGAGGAGUUGAUGAUAUGAAAGAAAAAGAACGGCUUGGCGAGCGUCUUAAUCACAUAGAGAUGAGAUGGAAGAAAAUCCUUUCAUUUGCAGGCAACAUUAAAACCCGAUUGGAGAAUGCCGAAGAAGAAUGGGAAAAAUUAAUAUCGAACCUUUCUGAAAAUUUAUUUUGGACUGAAUCGCAAAGCAAUGCGAUUAUUAACGAAGGACCUGUUGGUGGAUCAUUAGCAAGAGUUCAGCAACAAAACCAAUUCAUAAAGAAUCUCGAACGCGAAAUAUAUCGCCGACAAAAAGAAAUUGAUAUUAGCAUUACAUUAGCUCGUAGUUAUUUGAUGCAGCACGAUUUACGACCGCGAAUCCAUACACCUAGCGCUUUAUCCGUCGAAUCAGUUCAGGAACAAGACAAGGAAGCUGCGGAACUUCGCCGAGUCGGAAUUCAAAUAAAAUCUGACAGCGACAAGCUGGAGAAAAUGUGGGUAGAGUUAAAAACUCAGGUUGAAGCGUGGUCGAAAAUUAUUGAUGAUGCUCAUGAAAAAAUGGAAAAAUUAGCUAGUGCGGUUGCUGAAUGUCAGUUAGCCUUAUCGAAUAUGGAAUCAAAAAUGGAAUUAAUAAAACCCGUCGAAGAGUUACGCUUGGAGGAACUGAUGAGUGCAGUUGAUGAAUGUGAUAAAUUAAAAGAAUGUCUUGCUCGUACUCGCAUUCAUAUCGAUGAUGCAAAUGAUUGGAGUGGCCAACUUCUGGCUUCAGAUGUCGAACUGGAUGCUGAACCAACAGCACAAAUAAAAUCUGUUAAUGAUCGACUAAAUAAGUUGAAAGCAGAUUUAAAAAUUCGUGUCGCCGCUUUGGAACGUGCAGUAACUGAUUUUGGCCCAUCGAGUCAACAUUUCUUGAUGAAUAGCGUACAACCACCGUGGCAGCGAGCAGUUUCAUCUACUAACCAUCUUCCUUAUUAUAUUAACCAUGAAACGGAAUUGACUCAGUGGGAUCAUCCCAUAAUGGUCAAAGUUAUUGGCGAAUUAUCAAAUUUUAAUCAAAUCAAAUUCUGUGCAUACCGGACGGCAAUGAAAUUGCGUGCACUCCAAAAACGAUUAUGUUUAGAUUUGUUAAGUCUUCAAGAACUUGAUUGUAAACUUCAACCUCUCGAUGCAAAAUGGGGCGAACAACGGCUCGCUAUCAAGGAUGCAGUUAUGUGCUUGAUGCCUCUUUUUGAAUCAGCGCAUGGCAAAUUUCCUAACUUAAUUCGUUCAGUUCCACUAGCUGUUGAUCUUUUUCUCAAUUUCUUACUCAAUGUUUACGAUCCCGCUCGCGAUGGUACUCUUCGAACUAUUUCUUUUAAAGUCGCAUUAGUGACUUUAUGUAACGCUAAUUUAGUCGACAAAUAUAAAUAUUUCUAUCAUUUGGUGUCAAGUAGCGAUGGAAUGGAUCAAAAACGGCUUGCAUUAUUACUUUACGAUAUCAUUCAGAUCCCAAAAUUCUUGGGUGAAGCAGCUGCAUUUGGUGGAUCUAAUGUUGAACCAUCGGUCAGAUCCUGCUUUGAAACGACUAAAUUCAGUCGAGCAAUAAAAAUUGACGAAUUUCUUGCAUGGCUGAAAAAAGAACCACAGAGUAUCGUAUGGUUACCUGUAAUGCAUCGUUUAGCUAAUGCGGAAUUCGCAAAACAUCAGGCUAAAUGUAAUAUUUGUAAAAUGUUCCCAAUCAUUGGUCUUCGCUAUCGCUGUUUACAAUGCUUCAAUAUUGAUUUAUGCCAAAAUUGCUUCUUCAGUCAACGAAUUGCAAAAAAUCAUAAACUGACCCAUCCAAUGCAAGAAUAUUGUCUUCCGACUACAUCUGGCGAAGAUGUUCGCGAUUUUGGAAUCAUGGUGAGAAAUAAGUUCCGAUCACGAAGUCGAAGUCGAAUUGGUUAUUUACCAGUUCAAACAGUUGAUGAAGGUGUUCCAAUCGAGACAAUAAAUGUUGCGCCAUCAUGUCCUCUAACUGAGCCUCUUCAUAAUCGGAUGCACUUGUGUUCUCAAAGGUUAUGGCGAAUUCGUCGUGAGGAUACCACUUCACAGCAGUUAAUGCCAGAAACAAUCGAGGAUGUUGGCAGAAUGGAAUUGAAAUCACCACUGCAACUGUUAUCGCAAGUCGACCAAAUGCAUAAAGAGGAACUUGACCAAGUUCUCCAUAAAUUGCAACAUGAAAACAGGGAACUAAAAAAAGAAAUAGAAAGGAGGAAAAAUUCUGUAGGUAUUGCGUCAACACCAAAUUUGAACUACUCAGCUCGUAAAUGCGAUGGAAGCAUGGCUAGCGGUCGUUCAGUGCCUUCAUUACCUAGUUCAGCAGAUGAACAGUUGUUACGUGAAGCCUAUUUGCUACGACAGCACAAAGAACGUUUGGAGCAGAGAAGUCGCAUAUUGGAAGAGCAGAAUCGACAAUUGGAAAUGCAGCUUGCUCGUCUUCGAACCCAAAGCGGAAUGGAAAACGGUGAAAAUAUUGUAUCGGGAGAUGACAAAGAAUUUAGUGCGGCAUCAGAGGAAGACGAAGGAAUAGAAUACGACAGUCGUCCGAAUCGUAUGAAUUCUUUGAUAGCAUCGGUGGAUCAGUUGGGUCGAGCAAUGGAGUCUCUUGUUGUAUCCGUGGUUAAUGUCGACGAUUCAAACGAUGAUGAAGAUACACUUAACGAGAAUAACUAA